AUGACCGGGGCAUGCUCGAAAUUCCGCCGGGACCCUCUUUACACGCACCCAUCGACGGCAAAGUUGAACAGAAAGGGUCCCGCUACAGUCUCUUGUUUAACUCCAGUAUCCACUUCGAUAGGUGUAGUACAUCCAGCUGGUGUUCGGACCGCAGAAGUUGUUCUUCUAUUCACGUCGUUUAUAAGGCGUACGAAUUUUCAUGGAACUCCAUCGCCACGCUUUGAAGAGACUUUUGAUAAGGAGAGUCGAAAGCAGCUUCGAAGUCCAAAAACGCUAACUGUGGAGGCUUCGAAUACCGCUGCCACUCUGCAAUCACUCUCCUCACAAACACCUCAUCAAUCGUCAAUCGACAAGGGCGAAAGCCGGCUUGCUCAUCACGGUUAG